AUGAAUGAAUCCGGCAUAAGCAGGAAGACAAUACGAACAGAUUAUUUGGGUCCUUGCUUGUGUUUUUUAUUGGAUUUCAAGUUAUGUGGUAAAUCAAUGUGCUUUCUAAAUCAUUAUUCUUAUCCAUUUGAUGAAGACUCUUUGCUAUUAACAAACACAUUAGUUAAGGUUUUAGAGUACUUGUUUGAUGAAUUAGAAGAUUGCAUAGAACGCGAGAUACCUGAUGAGCAAUUUGAAGCAGAUGAUAUAACUGAUGCUACUCUACUUAUUGCUGCUGGUGAUCCAAAAGAAAGUUUACGAAUAAAAGUUGCAUUAUGA